AUGUCUAAGCUCGAGACCAUCACCAUCCCCUGCCACCACAUCCGCAUUGGCGAUCUCCUGAUUCUUCAGGGCCGCCCUUGCCAGGUCAUCCGCAUCACCACCUCCUCCCAGACUGGCCAGCACCGCUACCUCGGUGUUGACCUCUUCACCAAGCAGCUCCAUGAGGAGUCCAGCUUCAUCUCCAACCCGGCUCCCUCUGUCGUUGUCCAGAACAUGCUUGGCCCUGUCUUCAAGCAGUACCGCGUUCUGGACAUCCGUGAGGACGGUCGCGUUGUUGCCAUGACUGAGGGAGGUGAUGUCAAGCAGGGUCUCCCUGUCCUCGACCAGAGCGGUCUCCUCAACCGUCUCACCGAGGCUUUCGACAACGGCCGUGGCUCCGUCCGCAUCUUGGUCAUCAACGAUGAUGGCAUGGAGAUGGCCGUUGACUUCAAGGUCAUCCACGGUUCCAGGUUGUAG